ACUUAACGCAGUAAAGGCACCAGAAUCCAAACUUAAAAGAAAUUUGACAUAUACACCUAUUCUACAUAUCUACGUAAUUCAAAUGAGCGCCCCCUCCACUCAGCCGCGGCCACCAGCAAGUCCAACUUAUAUCCUCCGCGGACAUGCAUCCCCGAUCCACGGCCUACAUAUCUUCAGCCGAAACCUAAGGAUCAUCUCAGGCGAUGCCGACGGCUGGAUCAUAGUAUGGGACCUGGUAUUCAAGCGCCCAGUCGCCGUCUGGAAAGCGCACGAAGGCGCCAUCCUCGAAGUCAAAGCCUUCAGUCUCAACGACGGAAACCUAACAGAAGUAUACACACACGGAAGAGACCACAAAUUAUGCGUGUGGCGAUUCCGCAUCCAGGAUGAGGAAUUCUUGGAGAAAACCCUCCCCGUGGACGUGGGCGAACAGCAGUCUCAAGCCAGCGCCGCAAGCCAAACUCAGCCCUGGCUCGUCCACUCACUCCCCGUUAAUGCGCUGAAUUUCUGCGCCUUUUCUAUACUCUUUAUCGAUGACUGUGAAGAUGCUCGACAAACAGAACGCUCACCCGCCGGAGACACGACGUCACCAGAGAACACGCAGCGCUCGUCGCUCAUCGCCGUCCCGAACGCCCUUAAUUCUGGCUCCAUCGAUAUCUUCACUCUGCCUCGCGAGCGACGACUCUGUACCAUCCCACCAGACACAACCCAGCAAGUCGGGAUGGUCAUGGCCGUAAACCUCUUCUACUCGUCUUCUGGGGACGUAUACGUGGCUUCUGCGUACGAAGACGGCCAUGUGAUGGUUUUUGCUCGAAAAGGUCCGGUAUCGACGAGUGAUGUUUCUUGGAACUGGAAGUGGGAAAAGCUUUAUGUCUCGCGUCCGCAUUCGCAGCCGGCUUUGUCGAUUGAUGUUUUUUCUGCCGGUGGUUACUUUCUUUCGUCGUCUGCUGAUGCGCUUUUGGUGAAGCAUCCUGUUCCGGAGUUGGGGGCUUUUGAGGAGGCUCCAGUGAAGAGUGUUAAUACGAAGCAUGCGAGUCAGCAGGGUUUGCGGAUACGGUCUGAUGGGAAGGUGUUUUCGACUGCUGGGUGGGAUUCGAGGGUGCGAGUUUAUUCUUGUAAGACGAUGAGGGAGUUGGCGGUUUUGAAGUGGCAUAAGGAGGGGUGCUAUGCUGUUACUUUUGCGGAGGUUUUUGCUUCUUUUGGUUCUGGUGGUGAUACUACGGGAGAUGAGGAUGUUGGAAAGAGUUUGCAGAUUGCAAGGCGUGAGAAUGGGGAUUUCUCACUUGCUAACGUUCAACGACAGCGGAAUGAGAAGGUACAGAGUACGCAUUGGUUGGCUGCCGGGUCAAAAGAUGGAAAGAUCUCAUUGUGGGAUAUCUACUGAGGUCGCCAAUUGCUA